AUGCAGCCGUCUUUGUCGUCGACUUCGUCGUCGUCGGCUUACAACACCAACACACCCGACUCGCGCACUCGUGCAAAGGUGCGCAUGGAAGCCGUCUCUUCCCCCUCGUAUGCUUCUGCCUCCUCUUCCUCGUCUCAGUCGUCCAUGCUCGGCUUUCCCAUCCCCACUGACCUGCUGCUGGGCCUGCUGCUCAACAAGACGCUCCUGGCAGCAGCAGCGUUACUCGUGCGCACGUGGCUUUCGUCCACACACAGCGAGUCUAUCCACUCGCAACUGUCAGCAUCGCCAAUCACAGCAACGUCCACCGACAGCAUUGCAAGCAGCACCUCUUCGUGGGCCAUUGCGACGUUUGCGUUUUUCAUCGCAGCUGUGCUCCAGGCCGUGUGGUUCAAGGCAUGGCAGUGGAUCCCCGCGGUGAAGCGCGUCGACAAGCGCAGGCUGUGCACGCUGGCGGCCGUCUCGUUUGCUCAGCUGCUGGUCUGGCUCAUGGCGCUGCGCAAGCUCGAUGCGGUCAACGUUGUGAUAUUCACCCAGUACUGCGAGAUCUGGGCGGUGGACCUGGCGAAGAGUUUGGGUGGUCGCAGCUACGGCGGGUACACGACGCUGUUUGCGCUCGCCGUGUCGUUUCUUUCAUCGAUCUCAAACACUGCCACUCCGACCUCGGGCAUUGUCGACUACUCGGGUCAUAUUCUGGACAUGUACGCAGAUGCAGACUUGCCCGAAAGCCUCAAGCGGAACCGACCGGCUGGACUGGCAUCUCCGUCUCAGCUGCGAGCGGCUGCAGCUGCCGUCGACGCAUCCGCCGCCAGCUAUAGCGUGUUCGGCACGCUCACCGGCCACGUCUAUCUACUCAUCUUUGCACUCCUUACCAUCGAACGGGAGAGUGCGCUGUUGAGUGCUAGUCGAGAUACGGGCGGAAGGAGAAGGGCGGGUAUCGUCGCUACCAUUGUUGCUUCUGCCUUCACUUUACCCGCUUCGUUGCUGCUCCGCUUGUUUGGAUUGUCGACCUUUCCAGCGCUAUCGUCCGUUGUGCCUUCGACGUGGGGCGGCAACGGCAGCGACGGAUCGGUGGGUCUGAGCCACUUGCCAGCGUAUCUCGCCAUCAGUUUCGGGUUUCUCAUCCUUGAACCGCUCGUCAGCACCUCGAUCGAGCCGCAUGCUUCCACACGGGAUCGAGUGGCACACGGCUGGCCAAUUGCUGUCCUCGCUUCGUUUGCGAUUGGUUUUGUCGGGUUUGGAUUCAAACCACUGUGGUCGCAACUCGCAGUGGCGCUACUCGUUGGGCAAGCGCUUCGUACCAUCCUCAAAAGCUCGCCGGAUCACGUUUCGUCGCGGUUCGCGUCUUCGCCGAGCAAGGCAGACGCUCCUCCACACGCCGUCUCAACGUCGGACGUGUCUGCGGUCCAGGAGCUCGUUGACUCCUUCCGCUCCGGCGUUGCUGCAACGAAGCGCACGGUGAAGAUCAUUAUGGCCAACGCGGACUCGCGCAAGAUCUUCCAGUUCCUGCUGCUCAACCUGGCAUUUAUGGGUGUACAGCUGCUGUGGGGGGUGUGGACCAACAGUCUGGGUCUGAUCAGCGAUGCGAUCCACAUGUUUUUCGACUGCGCGGCGAUCGGCAUGGGUCUGUUUGCGAGCGUCAUGGCGACGUGGCCGACGGAUGGCACAUUUACGUAUGGAUAUGGGAGGGUGGAGACGCUGAGUGGGUUUGCGAAUGGGAUCUUCCUGAUCCUGAUUUCCGUGUUUAUCGUGUUUGAGGCGGUGCAGAGGAUCAUCGAGCCGCCGGUGAUGCACAACACGACGCAGCUGCUUGUGGUGAGCAGUAUGGGGUUGGGCGUUAAUUUGUUUGGCAUGUGGGCAACGGGUGGACAUCAUCAUCACGGCCACUCGCAUGCGCACGGGCACGACCACGGGCAUGGACAUGGCCACGACCACGGACACUCCCACAACAUGAUGGGCGUGUACCUGCACGUCAUGGCCGACACGCUUGGCUCCGUCGGCGUCAUCAUCAGCACACUCCUCAUCGGGCAAUUUGGCUGGACCGGGUUUGACCCCAUCGCGUCGCUGUUUAUCGCGUUCAUGAUCGUGGGCUCGGUGAUCCCGCUCGUGGUUGAGUCGGGGAGGAUCCUGUGUUUGGAGGUGGGAGGAGACAGGGAGGUCGAGAUGAGGGGGGCUCUGGAGGAGGUGAAAGGGAUCGAAGGGGUGGUGGCGUAUCAUUCGCCGAGGUUCUGGCCCAAGGAUGCGGAGACUCUGGUCGGUGUGAUACGUGUGCAGGUUGCAUGGCCGAUUGCGAAGGGGCAUGAUCAUCAGCAUGAUCACGGCCACAGCCACGAGCACACCCAUCAGCACGACCAUAGCCACAACCACGGCCACAGUCCCAAACACGACCACACACAUGAUCACGACCACAACCACACCAACGGCGCAACAUUGCAGACAGCCACAGCAUCAACACCCGAAGCCAUCGCGAAACAAGUCGAGAACCUGCUCAAGGCGCGCAUCCACGGUCUCGAGAGCGUUGCCGUUCAGCUCGAGAAAGUCGCCGCCAGCGGCGAAGCGGCGACUUCCCCCAACGGGAGUGGUGUGAAUGCGAGCACUCCCAUGUCGGCGUCUCCUUCGUACAGCAGUGUAUACGAUGCGAGUCCCACGGUGGCGAGAGCGGGCAGCGCUAGUGGUGCGCACAGGCUGUCUCCUGCUACUGCCGCGCAUCACCCGCAUCAGCACCACCAUUAG